AGGAGAAGGAUUAGUGGGGAAGGGCAGAGGGAGCAGGAUUUAUCAGCUUUUCAGAUAUGCAUUACAGCUUUUUAUAAUAUUUCACUGGAUUGUCUAGGACUUUGCCUGGCUACAACAGGAGUUCCUCAACCAUAAAAGAAAGGUUUGAGCAUUGGCUGUUUUGCAGCUCAGCAGAGCACCAUGAUGGCAUCACCCCGCGUGCGUGCAGAGCCCCUUGGCCAGCCGGGUGCCUGAGGCCGGCAGCUGUGCCACACCAGGCUGCCUUCUCUGCCACAGCCAACCGGGGAGAAGGCUUUUCACUGGGAGAAGGCACCGAAGUGAUGGGCUGAACUUAUGGGAGGAACCAGCGGCCAGCCAGGUGGAGAUUCAGGUGCCCGUUGGGAGGCGUGAAGGGCCCGGUUUCAGCAAGGGCAUGGCCAAAGCUUUCUUCAGGCUACAGAAGUUUCUCCGUCGGACCCAGUUUCUGCUCUUCUUCCUCACAGCAGCUUAUCUGAUGGCUGGCAGCCUCCUGCUGCUACAGCGGACCCGCUUGGUUAUCCAGCAAGGUUCACGUGGGACCUCUGCUAAUCAGGCCCUGCUGGUGCCGGACGGGAUGGCCGGGGUUGGGAUUGUAGACCCCAGGACGCUGCAAAACCCCCACCCCGGUCCCAGGCUGCUGGUGGGCAUGGACGCGCUGCAGGAGCCGGCCCUGGAUCCGCAGCACAGCCCGCGGUGGCUCAUGUCCCGCAACUCAGAGCUCAGGCAGUUGAGAAGAAGGUGGUUUCACAGGUUCAUCAGCGAUCAGGAGCCCAUGCAAACAGCGGGAUUUAAAGCAAUGAAGCACACUGCUGAACACAAAGGCACCUACAUGGGAUGCUUCAGCGAUGAUUCGAGGGAGAGGACACUGAAGGGUGCUGUGUUUUAUGACUUAAGAAAAAUGACAGUAUCUCACUGUCAGGAAGCUUGUGCUGAGAGGGCUUACACCUACGCGGGCCUGGCGUACGGAGCAGAGUGCUACUGCGGGAACAAGCUCCCAGCGACUGCCUCAAAGCCCGAGGAGUGCAACAGCGAGUGCAAGGGGGAAAAGGGCUCCAUCUGCGGAGGGGUGAACCGGCUCUCUGUCUACAGGGUGGAGGAGCUGCGGGCAGGAGAGAGACGACGGAGGAAUGUUAUCUAUCGAGGAUGUUUUAGAGCUCCAGAAAAUUUAACAGACACCUUUCCAGCCUCUUUGAUACAGCCCAAUUUGACGGUGGAGAUGUGCUCUGAAUUUUGCUCCAAGAAAGAGUUUCCCUUGGCAGUCAUCCAAGGGCAGGAGUGCUACUGCGGCUACCCCACCGGGCGCUUCUCGCUGCACGACGGCGCAGACAGGCUGCUCUGCAGUGGGAUGCACAACACCAGCAGUAACGCCGAGGGAAAAUACUGCCUGGUCUAUCAGACACCAGUGCAAGACACCCGCUGCACAGACAGGAAAUUCUUAACCACCAAAUCCAAAGUGUUCGUUGCUUUGUCAAGCUUUCCUGGGGCUGGGAAUACGUGGGCUCGCCAUUUGAUAGAGCAUGCCACAGGAUACUACACGGGAAGCUAUUACUUCGAUGGAGCCCUCUACAACAAAGGUUUUAAAGGAGAAAAAGACCACUGGAGAAGUAGAAGGACCAUCUGUGUGAAAACACACGAAAGUGGCAAGACGGAGAUUGAAAUGUUCGACUCGGCGAUCCUGUUGAUAAGGAAUCCAUACAAGUCGCUGAUGGCGGAGUUCAACAGGAAAUAUGCCGGGCACCUGGGGUACGCCACCGACCGCAACUGGAAGAGCAAAGAGUGGCCCGAUUUUGUGAACAGCUAUGCCUCCUGGUGGGCCUCCCACGUCCUGGACUGGCUGAAGUACGGGAAGCGCCUGCUCAUCGUCCACUAUGAGGACCUGAAGCAGAGCCUCAUCCCCAAGCUGAAGGAAAUGGUGGAGUUUCUGAAUAUGACAGUGACAGAGGACCGACUGCUCUGCGUUGAGAACAACAGGGAUGGGAAUUUCAAGCGGUCUGGUGCUAAGCAAAAGGAUUUUGAGCCAUUCACCCAGGAAAUGAAAGAUCUUAUCAACAGAUACAUCCUGACAGUGGAUGAAGCCCUGAGGGGAAGAAACUUCACAGGGCUGCCCAGAGAGUAUGUGCCAAGAUGAUAACCUGGUAGCACUCUGCUGUGUUUAAAAAUAAAAUAAAUUUUUCUAAAAAAAAAAAAAAAAAAAAAAAGAGCUUUAUAGCAGUUAAAGCAAAGAUACUUGUGAGUCUGCUGAGCAGUGCAAAUUCUCUCCACUCUUGGGUGUUCUUCAGGGCACUAAGUGCUCCAGAAGGCAAGCAAUGAAGGAUGGAAAUUGGGUUAUAAACCAUGGCAAAAAGCUAUUAGUGUCUACCUGCGUGUGCCCCUCCCUGCACAAACGGCUCAGAACUUCACAGCGGAGCACCCCUGCUUCUGCGGCAGGCAUCCUGCCUUCUCGCUCCUGCUGUCAUCACAGACCUGCCAGUGGCUGCUUGGGUUUUCACAGCAACCGUGUUGGAAAUGGAC